UGCUGACAUCAAGGUGCUUGGAGGGCUCAUACAUUGAACUGUUUUUAUAAUUAACGUUAUUGUGAACUGUUGUUGUUCGCGGAAACUUUUCUGUUCUUGUAGCAGCUUCUCAUUUUCACGGGGAAAAGCCAGUGGGUUGUGUCGCGCACAAGUGAUUUUAUUGGACAUUUUUCUAAUAUUAAUAUUAGCCAGGUGAACUUUCCACUGCUGUUUAAGCAAAGUAUUAUUUUAGACGUUAGAAGUAAGAAAAUGGUCAUGGAGGCAUCCCCUUCUCCACAAAAUGUCGGCCGUGAAUUUGUCCGACAAUACUACACUUUACUUAAUCAAGCUCCUGCACACCUCCACAGGUUCUACAAUCAGCAUUCUUCCUUCGUACACGGAGGAUUAGAUUCCAACAGAGAAUCGACUCCAGCUAUUGGCCAGAAGCAAAUACAUCAGAAAAUUCAACAACUAAACUUUCGGGACUGCCAUGCCAAGAUAAGUCAAGUCGAUUCGCAGCUUACGCUUGAAAAUGGUGUCGUUGUGCAAGUGUCUGGAGAGUUGUCCAACGCUGGUCAACCGAUGCGUCGUUUCACACAAACGUUCGUGUUGGCGAUACAAGCACCGAAAACGUAUUACGUGCACAAUGACAUAUUUCGUUACCAAGAUUUGAUAUUCCCCGACGAAGAGGAAGCGGACGUAGGUGGCGUGGAAGGAGGUGUAGGCGAGGCCACUGAAAGGGAAGGUGAAGAAGGAGGUCGUCUGGAGCCAGAGGAAGAUGAACAUCAGAGUCAAGGACAGCAACUUUCGGUACCGGCUGCGUCCACGGAACCACAAGCUCAGCCACCGCUCAUCCCCGCUCAACAACAGCAAAUGUAUUAUGCUCCGCCACCGCAACAGUCCCAUGUACAUCCAGUGAUACAGCAGGUUCUAAACGGAUCGGUCCACGAAGAAACUCCACUUAUCAGUCAGCAACCACCGCCACCUCAGCAACAGCAGCAACAGCAGCAACAACAGCAGCCACCACCUCCACCACCCGCGCAGCAACAUCAAUACAUCACCGAACCCACAUCCCAAACACAAUUCGUUCAGGAAACGCAGCUGGACAGCGCGACCGAACAACAACCAGAAACAGAGAGCGAACCACAGGCUCAAACGAACGAGAUCCAUGAGCAACCAGAGACUGAGACGUUCACCGCUUCCGUGCAAGAAUCCGAACCUGAACCUCAAGUGUCCAACGCAAGUGUGACCAGCAGCGGUCCGAAAACUUAUGCCAAUCUUGUGAAAUCGUUUCCAAGCACCACCGGCGCUACCAGUCCUCAAGCUCCUAAGCUGUCCAUGUCACCGCCUCCAAUGACGAACUUGCGUUUAGAUGACAGAUCGUCGCUCCAACCGACCAGCAGCGGACCCGCGCUCUGCACGUUUACCAACGUCUCCACGCCGCAACAGCAGACUCAUAGAGUCGGGAAUCAACAGCCACAGCAACAACAACAACGAAUUCCCAGGGGUGGAGCGGUGCAACGAGACAGCGAUCGCCGUGGGACAAGGCAAAGUCAAUAUAACGAUGCUCACCAGCUGUUCCUUGGAAACUUGCCGCACAAUGCGUCCGAGGACGAUUUGCGUCAAAUAUUCGAAACUUAUGGCAGAGUAGUGGAGCUUCGUAUACACAGUAAAUCGAACGACAGAUGCAAGGGGCCGCAAGGGAAUAACACAGCGAAAGUGCCUAACUACGGAUUCAUCACCUUCGAAGAUCAGCAAGUUGUCAACAAAGUGUUGCAGAAUCUGCCGAUUCAUUAUCCUGCUGGAAACGGGCAAAAAACAUUAAACGUGGAAGAGAAGAAGGUGAGGCCUAGAAUAUCGAUGGAUGGCAGCGGAGGUCGCUUGAAUUCGAACGAUGGUAACAUGAGAGCAAUGGGCGGACAGCAACAACAGCAACAGCAACGAGGCCCUGGUGGACCUGGAAGCGUAAUGAGAGGUGGACAGCAUGGUACGAGAGGCGGACGAGGAGGCUUUACACGAGGCGGCGAUGGAGUAAGGGGAGGCGGUGGAAUGCGACAGCCCGGUAAUCCAAGUAAUCCGAGCUAUCAGAAUCGUCGCUAAUACCGGAAGCAACGUUAAAGGCAGUCUCCAAUUUCUUUAUUCUUGAAUAUGUCAUCGGUAUAUAUCUACCAUCCUCAUUUCCAAAAACAGAAAAUCCAAGACUAUCUUGAAUAGCCACUCGACGUGAUUAAAGGCGCUAUCAUUUUACGCUUAAACAACGCCUUGCGUCGUUCGUCAAGCAAGAAACACUUGAUGGCGCAGCUCAAACUGUAUGGAAUACGAACUCGAGUAGAAUAAAUCGGGUUUAAUUGCAUUUAAGAUAAGUUCGUCGUGUUCGUGGAUAAGGAAUAACGACGUAGGAAAAGGAAUUCAUUAAACGUUCAACCUUUGAUUCGUUGGAUAUUUGAUGAAGCGAAAUACUACGAGUUCGUCCUUCAUACAUCGACGUCAGGCAACCUACAAGACUUUACAAUGAAAACAAAUCUACAAACCACCCGCAUAUACACGUAUAUGUACAGCAGAGCGACACGUGAUAUCCACCUUAGAAUUAUGGAUGUGUUUUGUCUCCCGAUCAACUCAACGUUGUCCACGGAAGGAAAAAUUCGUUGCCAAGUUGUGGUGUAGUGCGGAAGAAAUACCUUAGAACAAAAUGGACGAAGAAAAGAACAUCGUCAGUACAUGUGCGUGACAGAAAAACAUGGGACAGUGUUCGAAAACGUACACACUAUAUACGUCGGACUAGGAUUCGAUACCAUUUUGUUUUUCUUUCGGAUGAAUAUCGCGAGAGUCGUGUGCACGUCGCUAUUUUAAUUUUCUCCGUUUGCCAAUUUGCACUAUGGAGAUACACGAGCGGUGCGAAUUUCCGCUGUCGUAUAAAUAAGUUACGAGCCAAACAAGACGAAAAUUUCAAACGCGAGGAUACGAAACGCGUUAAUAAUAAAACUAUCGGUCGUGCGUUUCGUAUGCUCUCGAGUUUGAUUCGUCAACUGUCGAUGGAACGUUCCACCUAAUUGUAGAAAGUCGGCAAUAAUGUUUAUAGGUGGUAGUUUGGUCCGUGUUGAUUAACGAGUAGAGAACCGCGGCUGUUCUGUGGUCGCACACCAAACAUACGAUUUUUCUCACGUGGCCGAUUAUCAAUCGACCGGUAUCGAUUGCUAGUUGAGCAAGUAUCUAGACUGUAGCUGGUCUCGCCGUUUCCUAAUUCAUCCGAGUUUCGAUCAAGCCGAAUUUACAUUUCUUCGCUUCCGAUAAUCACCCACAAUGAAGAUCCAUUUGUAAAUGAAUUUUCGUUUGUGUUUAUAUCUUAAAUUAUAAUCCCUUGGCGUACGAUUUAAUUACAAGCAAUUUCUCAAACAUAUAUUAUUUAAUUUUCUUUAAAUUGUUCCCAUGUAUUCGUCUUUCCACAUAAAAAGAGAUCUUUCAAUACUGCUGACAUCAGGAAAAAUAGCAACAGCAAAACGAUGCGGCAGUAUGCCUAGAUUCAUUCAAAGCAAUGUUUAUACUGUUCACUAUGAAUGAUCAUGCAAAGUAAAGAGACGUAAAUUCGGUUCUAUGCUCUGUUUUUUUUUUUUUAAUCCGCUCAUCCUUUUCCUGUAAUUUUUUUUUCCUUUUUUUUUUUACAUCAAGUUUACUUGUAAUCAUGGUCUCUGGUGAUCGCAGAACUCGCAGCGACGUUGAGAGUAGGCCUAGCGUUACAAUAUAUUAAAUUUUAUAAAUCUAGAAACUUCUUAAAAACAUAAUCACGUUUUUCCAUUGUUUUUCAAUCAGAUUGUCCACUAAAAUUUUCAAAUUUCCAAACAUUAUCGUAUUCUAUAAUACAAAUUAUAUUAUAUAAUCGAACGUAGGUAGAAAAAUAGCUCAUGAUAUAUACAGUCAUACCCUAACUUAUGUCGUUUCUAGCAGCGACAGACAUUUGUUUAAAUAAUCAGAUUCCUGUUUACGUGCUUCAAUUGAUAUAUUUUGUGAUUGUAAACACAACUAUACUCUAAUCUUUAUCUCCCCCAGUCACUUUUACUAAAGUAUAGAAAAGUUGUCUCUUAAUCUAAUACGAUUUUAACAUAUGCAUCUGUAUAUACACGCGUAUAUUAUGUAUAUCUUGACUUAUGUCAUUCUGGAACCAAUUAGUAUGUCAAUUCGAGGUAUGAUUGUAUUUAGAAAAUUAUUUUGUUUUAGAUUAUAGCUAGGGAAGUAUAAAAGAAGAUUAAUUCCAAAUUAGAUGUUUUUGCAUUUAAUACAAGACUAUUAGAUUUACGUAAAUCUUCGAUCGUUGUAACUUGUGACAAAAAUAUGCCAUAAAAUGUUUUUCUAUAUGUUAAUUUGAGAUAAAUGCUUGCAGAUAAUACACGAUUCGGCAAGUGCUGCGAUUAUUAGAGACAAGAAGACGCAUCGUUCGAUUAGAAGAAAAUCGUUGAAAAAUAAUAUCGAAACAACGAGUGCAAAAUCUUGAAAACGAAUCACGUGCAUUGUGUUUCCGUGCCAUUAUGCGAAUACACCUCGCCCCGACACAAGUGUACGCACGAACAUAAAAGGAAACAAACGGGACGUUGAUUUUUUCCAAUAACGGCGAUGAAACAGGCGGUAAAAUUAACAGAUUGAAAAAUUUGCCAGAAAAAAACAGGAACUUAUCAAAGCGUCAUGGCGUCUGAACGGUCAGACGCUGUGAAAUUAAGGCUGAGAACGCGAGAAAACUAAUUAUUUACGUUUCUUGUCGAUCCACGAAAUCGUUGCGUAGUCUAUGUUAAAACAUCCGUAAUAGUUCGUACUCAAAUACGUUGCAAUUGCUAUGUCUCGGAUGCAGCAGAGUCGAUGCUGGUUUUUCAACGCUUUGUCAACCGCAUACUUUGCCCUGAACUACCAUAACACGACUUAACUCGAAUUUCCACAACCCCUGCAAUCAGAAGGCAAAUUUUCUUCACCAAGAACGAAUGAGAAAUUUUAGAUAGACUCAUGUAAGCUUCCUAUGUACGUAUCAUUCAUAAAUUAGGAUCCAUUAAUAAAUUUUUUCAACCGAUAUUCGAAUCUAACAUUUUUAUUCGUUGUUCGAUAAUAAAAUUUGCUCGACUCUGAUCGUAGAUAUGUGAAAUUGUUAAGUGGGACUAUUUUCUGUGCAAUUUUGUCAACGUUACUGAAAAUUAUUCUUGAAAGCAACCCUUGUCUACUGUUAACAUAAGAUUCUGUAGUGUGAUGCAAAGAUGGAGGUCUCCACGAUCGGUUGACAAUGUGUUGAAGCAUCUUAGUUAAUAAAUCGAUGUUUCAUAGAAACAUUGCUCUCGUACUACAGUGGUGAAGCUGCUUCGUCUCAGUCAUAGAUGAAGAGACAAUUUCGUACAGUUGGUUGAAUCAAUGUGUCGCUCUUGAAAUUAUUCUAUUCGCUAAUUCCGAUUUUCCCUGAAUCUUCAAACGCCUGUGCAUUAUUUUUCUAUAAUUUUGAACCAAUCGACAAUUGUUUUGGCAAUGUUCACUGGAAAGGAAAGCCACGCUUACGCGAGAUUGUCUCUUUAUACUUGAACGGGAGCUGCAAAAAUUUUUAGUGUGAAUGUUUUCGUUUUUAAGUGACUAUUUUUAAUAAUAACAAUAAUAUUAAUAAUAAUAAUAACGAGAAGAUAAUUAUAACGAACGAAGAGAGGAAGGUACGAAGAAAAACAAAUAAUUGUAACAAUAUAAUAAUUAGAGGAUGGCGAUUAAUAAGUUGUGAAUUUUUGUAGCAUACAUUUUUAUUUCGGUCUGCUUAGGCCAGUUUGUGUGUACAACUAUGGACAACGUUACAACAACAACAACAAAAUAAUGUUAAAGGAAAAUGGAGAAAAAAAAAAAACAAACAAACAAACGUCAAAUGUAUUGUAACUUUUUGCAUUUAGUAUAAUAUACCUACCUUACUACCAA